UUAUUUAUAAAAGAAGACAGCAGAUACAAAAUAAGUGAUUGAUGUGAUCGUUCAUGGGUAAUCUUUCAUUUUUCCGACUGUAGUGUGAGUACAUAUUGAUUUGUGCAGAUCGUAAUUGUUGUGUUUUUUAGGAGUAAAGAAUAUUUUGUAAAUUAUUUUUUACGAAUUGUUCUAUAGAGAAGUGCUAAUAAACAAAUCGAAAAUGCAAUCUAGAAGAGGAAGACUCUAAUUCUACAUAUGAUUACGAAGUGCAAGAGACAUGCAGGAAAAGAAGUCGAUGGAGUAAAAGAGAUAAGUCUCAGUGGAAGCGUCAUUUAAUAAAAAAACGUAGGAACCUGGGUAAAUUGUAUGUUACAAAAGAAGGAGAAUUCCCACCAAAAACUCCGCAACGUGUAAACUGUUCUCGUUGCAGAUUUCACUGCACAGACAAUUUUAGUGAAGAAGAAAGGAUGCAAUUGUGUUCCACGUACUGGGAACUUGAAUCGUAUAAUCGAAAAAAAAAAUUUCAUUUUACAGAAUGUAAAAUUACAUACACCAAGAAGACAACAGCCUCGAUAAGAAUGUGGCAAAUGUGGCCAAAAGUAGUGAUGUAUCACCCUUAUACUACAGUAGAAAAUUAUCUGCCUUUAAUUUAGGCAUUUAUGAAGGAGCUCCCCCAAAUAAUGCACACUGUUUUACCUGGACUAAACUUAAUGUUGCCAGAGGGAGCUUAGAAAUUGCGACUACUCAUGGGGGGCAAACUAUAGGAACCAAUUUGGCAUCGCAAUUAUGUAUUAUUUUGUUCAUGUGUUAUCUGUGUUCUCCAGCAGAAGGUUCUAGAGUCAGGACAUACGAUGAUGGAAUGCGACAGUAUGCAUAGCGCUAUCGAGAGAGAAAAAAAGUAUGUAGCAGUACACACGCUUCAUGACUGGAAAAAUAUUUUUGUCAAAGCUAGAUCUAAACGAGGCAUCAAAAAGAAGGACCCUUAUAUAGUCCAUGAGCUACAAUAUUCAGAUUUUAUUAACUGGAAACUACUUGCGAAAAAUAUGUUAAAAAACACAAAACUAAGUAAAUCUGGUGAAAAAGUUAGGUGGUUGCAAAUAAAAUGUUUCAGAGUGGAGAGGGAAUAUCCAGGAACCAUCAAAUAUCGCUACGAGCACUACGGUCCCUACUUUGAACUUAGUAUUUAUGGAAGAGGAAGACCUCCAACAGAAGCCUCCCUAUCACUUCAACAGGCUUACCUAGGUAUGCGUCUAAUUUCGUUAGCAAAAUUUAAUGAUUUACAGAAAUUAUGCACUACCGACGUUAUUCCUUCGGAGUUCCAUGCUUGGUAUUCGUCUCUGCCAACCUCAAAAUCAGUUAUUGACAGAAAUUCUGAGCCCAGUAUUUAUAGCAAUAGUGAAUCAGAGGGAAGCGAAGACGAACAGCGGAUCUAAACUCAUUGAAUUUUUGUUUUCAUUUCUAUAAAUGUCUUUAUUUUAGUGAGUUACUUUAAUUUAAGUAAUAAAUAAUGCUCAU